GAAUAGUAUUUUAAGCGCUGACAUCGAGGUUUUCUUUCUUUUAACCUGUUUUAAUAUUUCUUCCGAUUUGUUUAACGUUUGGCUUUUAAUUUAAUGUUUUAUCAUAUUUAUAUACGGUUGUUUUGUUUACAUUAAAAGUCAUAGUCCUAUUUUAGUUUUACUUUAUUCUGUAUAGAUCGCUUUAAAAGGACGUAAUUACAGACAUGUUUCCUGAGAGUCACACCGGGUACAGCUAUGAGGAUUGCAUGGCUACAGCUGACUGGCUAUUGGCUCAGACUGCAGUGCGCCCACUGGUGGGCAUCGUUUGUGGCUCUGGUCUGGGUGGAUUGGCAGACCUGUUGAAGGAUCAGGUGGUCUUCAACUACAGAGACAUUCCCAACUUCCCCCAGAGUACAGUGCAUGGACACGCUGGACGGCUUGUGUUUGGGACUCUGAAAGGAAGGCCAUGUGUCUGCAUGCAAGGCCGCUUCCAUCUCUAUGAGGGAUACCCCAUCCAAAAGAUCACUCUGCCCAUGCGGAUAUUUAAGCUGCUCGGUGUAGAGACUGUGAUCUUGACUAAUGCUGCAGGAGGACUCAAUCAGGACUUCAAGGUGGGAGACAUCAUGAUCAUCAAAGACCAUCUAAACAUGCCUGGAUUCGCCGGCAACAAUCCGCUGAUAGGACCUAAUGACGAAAGGUUUGGUGUGAGGUUUCCCUGCAUGUCUGAUGCAUAUGACCGCGAGCUGCAGCAGCUGGCCAUGGACGUGGGCGUUGAGUUGGGUUAUGGUGAUUUCCUCAGGGAGGGGGUGUACUGUGUGCUUGGGGGUCCCUCAUUCGAGACCAUCGCUGAGUGUCGCAUGCUGCACAAACUGGGGGCUGAUGCUGUUGGAAUGAGCACGGUUCAUGAAGUAAUCGUGGCGCGUCACUGUGGAAUGCGCGUCUUUGCUCUGUCUCUGAUCACCAAUAAGGCUGUGAUGGACUACGACAGCGAGGAGAAAGCCAACCAUGAGGAAGUUCUCGAGACAGGCAAGCAGAGGGCAGAGCAGCUGGAGAGGCUGGUGUCCACCAUGGUCACUCGCAUUGGGCACAAUAACUAUUCCUAAACAAAACAUGAAAGCGAAACUGAACUCGAAAACAUGGUCAGGCUCAGCACUCAUUCGGCUUGUCCAAACUGAGCCAUCACACACGUGUUUAGUGCUUUGCAGCAUGUCUGUGUGUUUCAAUACUGUAGGUGCAAUGUUCCGGAGAAUUAAGAAACAAAAUAGAGCAAAAGCACUGAAGUGCAUGGAUAUCAUAUAUUUAUUGUAUUUGGGAGAAUCUCUGCUCAUGUACAUUCCUUUAGAGCAGAAAACAAACUGUCAGCCUGUAGAUAUAUAGAAAUGUGUCUUAAAACAUUAAUGAAUGUGUAUAUAUUAUCCCAAUUAUUUAAAUUCUAAGUAAACUUGAUUGCUUUAUGAAAGCUUUCUGCUGUACAGUAGAUAUAUAGAUUGUUCAUUGUGUCCCUUUUUUUUCUAACAUUAUUAAAGCUGUAUAUUUAUUACUUUA